UAGGUAGGUUAGCUAUGUGUAUCUAUCUAUCUAUAUAAGCAUGUGUCAUCCAUCUUUCAUUGAGUUUUGAUUCUUAGCUGGACAACUUAACUCAACAAUUUGAAGAAUAAACAAGACGAAUAAACCAUUUUAACGACAAUUUUAUCAAUAUAACCUAGCAACCAUGUUCGGAUUUGACGACGCCAAGAACGCCCGUGACGAGGUCUACGACGGCCAGCCUCACGAGUCGAAGCUGUCCCACGAGUUCAUCGGCGGCGCCGCCUCCUUCGAGGCCAUGAAGCUCUUCGAGGACCGCCAACGCAAAGAGGGCCAGCCAGUCAGCCACGCCUUCGCCAAGGAGCUCCUCGCCGGCAUCGCGGGUGCCGAGGUCGACAAGCUCAUCGAGACGAAGGGUCUAGACUUUGUAGACCGCGAGAAGGCCAAGCACCACGCUAAGAAGCAAGCUGAGGAGUUGUAUGACAGCCAGUACGGCGACCAGGACCAGUACGACCCGAACAAUAGCAACCGCCACCCCUCGAUGGACUACUAGAUCUGAGAAUAUCACCUUGGUUCGUGUGCGGGCACUGGGAAUCGGCAUGUAGCUAGAUGGAUAGCUAUGAAUGAAUGGAAUGAAAUCAAUAUGAAUAAAUACUUGCCGAGGAGAUUGAGUGUGAAGAGUGCUGUAGACUUUGCUCAUAGCGAGUGUCUCCAUUCUAGAAUUCUUCUAUUUAGAGUAGCUCCCUGCUAGGGUAACGGCUAGUUCCUGAUCAAGAGAGGAAUUGCUCUAGAAAUCUUUUUUUUUCUUCAACCGCCAUGUCUUGAAUGGUUAAUUAUAUGUGCUUUAUAGUUAUGUGU